AUGUCGUUCCACCCGCAGACCCCACAAAGCCCUUCGCAAGCAUCACCAGCCACGCACCCCGACUUCAUGACCACGGCCAAAUCCGCCUCCGCAGGCCCGACGACUCUCCCUACACCCGCACACAGCGUCACCGGCAGCAUCUCCCACCAGUCCGACAUUGCGAUGGCCGACGAGUCCCCCCACAAGCGGAAGCGCCCGCUCGACGAUAUCGGUGAGCGUGACCAGAAAAAGGUUCAAUACGAUCACAGACUCGGCAUCGAGGACCUGCAUCUUGAUGUCGGGCCCAAGUAUAUGCUGCUCCAAAGAACUUACGAGGACCAACUCCCGCUACUGACUGGGGAUUUGUACGAGGAGUUUGACCUGGCAGAACUAGCGGCAGAAGUGGCGAGAGAGAAGCCCAACGGUGAAAAGAACGCACUCCGCAAGACGUACAAGGGUCACAUCAAGCGCCUGGGCGUUGCGGGACAGUUUGACGUGCAGAAGAAGAAGGAGGAUGCGCCCUCGGAUUUCCUCGCCAUGAUGCAGGUACCUGAUCUGGAGUGGAGUGUGCACCAGGUCAAGGGCCGUGAAAUUGGCGACGGCCUGUCCGAGGUCACGACGGCUAGCCUAGCCCGCGCCAUGACUCUCUCCAAGGGUCCCAUUGCGCGGUCUGUCUGGGACACCUCUGUCCUCGGAGAUAUGGCUCCCAAGAACAUUGGAGACGCGAGCAAGCCCGCGACGGCCCCCGCCAAGCCAACUGCACCCAACACUCCCAUGGCCACGACACCGUCCGCGGGCGCGGCGACGGACCGGCCCAGGGGACCUCUGGCGCCCGGCACGGAUCCCUUGCGGCCUCGCAGAAACAUCAAGAAAAGGACGUAUGGUGACAGCAGCUACGAGGGCUAUGGCGAGGGAUUCCCCGACGACGAUGGCGGUGCCGACACGGGGUACUCGACUGGAGAAGGUGAAGGCGGGCAGAAGCGUAGGAAAAAGAGCUCGGGAGCCACGCCUCCAUAUCCGCCCGUGCGGCAGCACAGCUACGGGCCUGGCAUGGUAGGGGCAUAG